GAGAAAAGGGGGAGAGAGGAGGAGAUAUUGUGAAGUGUAAGAUGGAAUAGCCGGACUCACAAGCAGUGUGUGUUGCUGUGCAGGGGGGGCCCUGGAAGCUGUGGGGGCCAUAUUGUAAAAUUAACCGGCUCCAGAGAGAGGAGGAGAGAAAGAAAAAGCCCACAAAAAAGACUUUAGCCGGUGAAUGAAUAUCCGAGAGGUGGAGAAGACAUCUGUAUCCUGCAGAGCAUCUCUUCCAGGAAUGAUGCUCUGCCUGUAAUUCUGACCUCCACACACUCAUACUAUUCCCCCCCAAACCACGAUCUGUGGUUGUGCAGCAAGCAACAUACUCACUUCUUCCUGCACUACACACUCUCACACACACACACACAAACCAACAGAGAUUUUUUUGCCUGAAUCUUCCUUCUUCAUCAUUCCCCCCCUUCACUCACACACUCACACACACACCCUCCCUCACUCCUGCAUCGCACAGCGCACCCUGGCCUAAUUCAUCGGGUUAUGAAAGCUGCCUGCACGCUGCUAUGUUUGUUCCGCUCUCCGUCCCCUUUCUGUUUCAGCGAGCCGGCUCUGAACACACAUGGCCCUUUAAGUCGCCUCUGUCUCUGGCAGGUGCUGACGAAAUAAGAAUGUCUAAACCAGGGCAUCUCAGCAAACUGCACACAGAAGGGGGUGUAACAGAUAAUGAAAGGAAUGGUGCAGAUUCUCUACACGAGGUUCAGCAAAAUAAAGGAUCACCCUUCUCACUUUCUCCAAAGAUUACAGAUGAAGAAAGUGGGGACCGGUCACCAUCCCUCCCUAGCACUCCUGUUCCCCAAAUGCCCUCUGCACCUCCUACUCCACAGGCUCCACCUGCCCCUCAGCAGCCUCCCACAUCUCUUCCCCAAACACAGCUCCUCUUGGCUGGGAGCCAGCUUGCUGGGCUCACUGCUCUCCUCCCUGCACAGCAGCAGUUGCUUCUCCAGCAAGCUCAGCUUCUUGCCGCUGCUGUGCAGCAAUCCAGUGCCGCCGCCAGUGCAACCCAGUCAGGGUCUGACUCGCAGACCCUCCCCACAAGUCAACAGCAACCUCACCAGCUCGCUCUGUCCCAGCCCAUCCACCUCACUGCACAGGAUAUUCAACAAUUGCUACAAUUACAGCAGUUGGUUCUAGUACCUGGUCAUCCCUUACAGUCAACCCCACAGUUUCUUUUGCCCCAGGCUGGGCAAGGUCAACAAGGCUUGAUAUCUGCACCAAAUCUCUUCCAGCUACCUCAGCAAAAUCAGGGGAACCUUCUAUCGGGUCAGCCCAGGCCCAGUCUCCCCACUCAGGCCGUAUCCCGACCUGGCUCACAGGACACUCCUCUCCUGUCUCAUUCUGAUCAAACAUCCCAUCCUGAAGAACCUAAUGAUCUCGAGGAGCUGGAACAGUUUGCUAGAACCUUCAAACAGCGUAGGAUUAAACUUGGCUUCACUCAGGGGGAUGUGGGCCUGGCUAUGGGAAAGCUUUAUGGAAAUGACUUUUCUCAGACAACCAUUUCACGUUUUGAGGCGCUUAAUCUGAGUUUUAAGAAUAUGUGCAAACUAAAACCACUUUUGCAAAAAUGGCUGAGUGAUGCAGAAACCAUGUCUGUGGAUAGCACUCUACCCUCCCCCAAUCCUCUAAGCAGCCCUGGAGGAGGAUAUGAGGGGCUCCCAGGCCGCAGGCGAAAGAAACGCACCAGCAUAGAGACCAACGUGCGAUACGCACUUGAGAAAAGCUUUAUUGCGAAUCAGAAACCUACCUCUGAGGAGAUCCUUGUGAUUGCUGAGCAGCUUAAAAUGGAGAAGGAGGUGAUCCGUGUGUGGUUCUGUAACCGCCGACAGAAGGAGAAACGCAUUAACCCCUGCAGCAGCACACCACUUACCCCUACGCAGGGCAAGGGGUCGUUGUUUGGAGCACACCUGGUGUCAUCCCCGGUGUCUGCCCCAAUCCUCACUUCACAGGCUUCCAGUAACCUCAGCACAACAGUGACUACCUUACCUUGUGCAGUGGGAUCUCUUGCCCACCCACGCCCACCCUCAAACACAGCACCACCAUCUGCCACCCCUCCUCCAAGCAACAGCACAAGCGCGAGCCCCCAGAGCAGCACCCAUUCCGGUCUCAGCCUGACAGGAUUAAGCCCAAGUGCUGGGGCAACAAUGCUCGGGGUCAGCGCAGGGUUAAACCCGACCCUCAUGGCGGGAAACCCACUGGCCACCAUACAAGCUCUGACCAGUGGUGGCUCUCUGCCUCUCUCCGGACUUGAUUGCAGUGGAGGCCUACUUCUAGCCGGCGGUUCCAGCACCCCCGGCCUGGUGAGCCCUCCACUCUUUCUGAACCCAGGGGGUCUCCCCCUCAUCAGCUCCAGCCUGGCACGCAUAUCUUCUGCUGGUGGAACCCCUAGCCUCUCCCCUUCUUCUACCACAUCCUCUGUAGAGGCUGCUGUCCCUACCUUCCAGCCCAGCCCUGGAAGCUCCCAGAAUGGUGGGGAAAGUGAGUGAAGAACACACUCUUCCUUUUGAACACCCACCAGCACCCACGCUAAGCCUACACCAGCUUGGUGGCUCUUGGAUACAUUGGGGGGAGAGGCUUGAGUGUAUUUUAGGGGCGCUGCCUCUUUUCCCUUCCCCCACUGAAGACAAAAUAUGCGUGGAGUGGGGUGAUGGAACCAAAAAAAAAAAAGAAGAACCAAAAAGAAUUUUAAACCAAAUAAGAACAAAAACAUUUCAAACCUCGGAAAUACUGCAGAAAAACCAAAAAUGUGCUAACCUCUCUGGGGUACAUUGUGUUCUCCUCAACCAAAGGAUUUCAUAAAAGACUGAGCUCCCUGCUCUCUUGUUGUUUCUAUUGAGCUAUGUGCCAUUUUUUUGUUACCAUUAACAGGAUGAGUUGGGGGAUGAAAACUGAAAUGGGGAGGGGGUUGGGGUUACUCCACCCUCUCCCAUCCUCCUCUUUUUCUUCACUCCCCUGUAACAGUGUUGGGAGUGGAAUGGAUACUAGGAAAGGAAACUCCUUUAUCCACUGCGGGGAAAGAGACCACUUAUGGGUUGGGGUGUAUGGAUGAGUUGUGGGAAAUUAAGGUUGAAUAAGAGCCCUCCCACCUCAUUCAUAACACUCUUUCACCUACACCAAAAACCAAAACAACAGCUUUAUCCAAAGCCUAUCAUAUUUCUAGAACCUCAGAGUAAUUCUGUGUAUUUGUGUAUUGUCCAAAAGUCAAUUUAGAAAAAAACCAUAGUUUAUUCGGAACCUUUAUUUUGCUUAUGUCUCACCAGUAAUGAACUCAGCUUACUGCUUUAAAUAGCCUUCCUACUUUAUAAACCCCUCCCCCUGCAAAAAAUAUCUAUGAUUAUUUUCACAGAAAUAUGAUUUUGUUUUUUAAGUAUCAGUUUGACAUGUUAGUAGCAGGCUUUUAUUUUUCUGCUAAGCAAACGGAAAAUUCUAUCUGCUUCUAUUGUUCUCCCACCUCUCCCCGGAUGCUUAUUUUUGUUGUUGCUCAUAGAUCUCAUUUACGAAAAGCGAAAUUUUCCUUUCCCCUUUUACAUCAUUUUUCCAGUAUUAAUAUUUAUAUAUAUUUUUUAACUCUUGCUGUGCACAAUAGCAUAUAGGCUUUGUAUAUUUCCUAACUGCACCCCCAUUGCCUUUUUUUAUUUUAUAUUUAUUUAUUUAUGCUGCCAAAAUUCCUUUUUAGUUUUUUUUUUCUCAUGGGAUAGAUUUUCAGGAUCACAUGUCUCCAUGGAUGGACAAAAAAAAAAUUUUUUUUUUUCAAACCAAAAAGUGAAACCAAAAUACACAUGAUGGAAAUACCAAAUAAAAAACUUAGUUCUUUGCCGAUGCUGUGCCAAAGUACAGACUCUGAGCUCUGGCAAAGAAUGGAAUAUAACAAUGAAUAGUGUUACCAAAAAUAUUUCAUGUUCCCCCUCCUUCUGCACCCUGACUCCCACGGACAAUAAAAAAGGCGACGAAAGGGUAAGGGCUGCAGGAUUGCGUCUUUCUCUGUCUUAUAUACCUCAUACGAAGAAGCCGAUAUAUAGAAGAAACUCAAGGAGAGUCUUGUUGAAACCAAAAAUUUUAAAUUCCGGUGAGGUGUGAGGAGGUCCGCUUAUCCCUCCAGCCCUCCAUCCAAGCUUUAAUGGCCUCUUUAAAAAAGAAAUCCUUCAUUAUAAUUUUUUUCCAUUUUUUGUUUUUUUAAUUUUCUAUGUGGGUUUUUUUAACAAAAAAAAAAGAAAAACAAGUUUCUCUUCUGUGCCAAAGGAUUAAAUAAAAUACAGAUAAACUAUUUAACUUCAGAGAAAGCACCAAUGAAAUGAGGGGGAACUGACAGCAUACCAAAAAUUACCGCACCAAAAGGAGGACCUAUCUGAGCAAGGGAUAAAUGUAGAGAAAAAACAAAAAAAGGAGAAAAGACCAAAAAUGAAACUCUCCUUUUUUCAAUUUCUUUUUUUUCCCUUUUUUUUCUGUUCUAUUUUGGAAGUGUAAACUUUGAACUUUCUGAAAGGGACGUGGAUCUCAUUUUAGCUUUAGCUUUAGAAGUGACGGACAAAAUUAAAUCAGGGGAAAAAGAAAAGAAAAUACUGUGAAAGGGAACAUGUUACAAAACGCUAUUUGAAAUUGCAUAACCUGUUACCUGCAGGAGAGGUUUGCCCCUCCAUUGCAAAACAGCCUGUGGCAAUGAAGGGGUUGACUUCUUUUUGCCCAACAAUUUGUUAAAAGCCUGUGGCUUUUUAUAAAAAAAAAAUGGCGAGGGUGGGCAUGGGAUGAGUUGUGUUGGAUGUAGAUUCAAAGCAGGGUCAGACUGGCCUGUCAGCACACCAGAGAAUUGCCCACCGGGCCCAAGACAUAGAGCUUUGGCAGCUCCACCCUAAGAAAAGUUCCUUAACACCAUACUUAUUUCAAUUAUAGUUACACCAGUAUCAUUUACCACUUACUGCUUCUAAUGUUUGUGACAAUGGGUUUGCAAUAUUAGUUUCUCUGGUGCACUGUAGGGGGCCCAGUCUGACACAGAUGCAAAGUUGUGGCCCUACCAACUAGCCCAGGGCAGUGAGAUGUUGUUAAAGUAGAAGGGUUAUUAGGGUAUGUAUACCAUUUCUGAAGGGCAGCAGAGCAAGUACUGAACUUGAAUGCCACAACCUACUGUAUAACUAAGGCAUGGGCAACCUGUGGCCCUCCAGAUGUCACUAAACUACUAUUUCCAGAAUUGUAGUUCAGCAACUUCUGUAACGCCACAGUUUGUUCAUCCCUUAUACAUCAUUCCCUCUUCUUGUGUACACAUGAAGAUUCAAACAGACACACACUAUAUAAAAAUAAUAUAUGGUCAAAUAACCCUUAUUUUAGUGGAGGUGAAUUAUAACAUUGAACAAAAUGCCAUGAAAUAUGAACUACAUGUGGCCCAUCUAUACUAGGGAUUGUAUUGCCUCCUAAAACAAUGUUUCUGCCUAAGCAGCAGCAGAACAGUAACACCAAUUGUAAUAUAUUAUAAGAACAGUGAUAGAAGCCCUUUAAUUGUUGCUGAUUCUUUGGCACUUAUUUAUAGGUAUACAAGAGAAAGAUCAUUUAUAUACUUACAUAUCAUAUAAGCAGACUUCUCGGUAUAACUAUAUGUUUUUACUAUAAACACAUUGGUAUACAUAUGCCCGUGUUCAAUAUGAACCCCAUCAUUGCUUUUACUGAAAAUGCCUUCUGCCUGUCAGCUUAUUUGUAGUUUUUUCUUCCACCAUAUAUUUCUUCCACCUACUUGGUUUUCAGAUCAAUUUGUGGAGGAGGUAAGGGUAUCUAAUCAGAUUCCCCUUCCUAGUUAAACCUAUUGUAGAGUUUUAGUGAAAGGCAUAGUCUUAUUGGGGUGGCUGUAAUGAUAAAAAACAAACAUCCAUUGUCACAUAAUAAUAAUAACAGAAUAGGCAGAACAAAUCUUCAUUGCAAGCCCAAUCUGUCAUCACAUGUUGAACAUAGGUGUAUACUGUUCCCAUUAUUAUGCGUUCAUCUGUUAAAAACUAUAACUGCCAUCAUUCUCUCAGAUACGCUGGCUAUUGGGAGCUGUGAUUGAAUGGCUACACCCAUACAUAUGUCACAAUUUAGCACAUCUGAUAAUAUUGACCAGUUCCUAACGUUUCUUAAAAAUACUGUGCUUCCACUAAAUACCACCUACUAGUUUAUUAUGGGUCAGGCCAUAAAUUAUGCACAUAAGGAGAAACAAACAGCUGGUAAUUUCCAAAAAAGUUAAUAUCUGAUAUACCAAAAUUGUAAGAUAUGCCAAUAUGUCACUGGCACCAUAGUUUGGCUUAUGCUUAUUAUGGAAAUAGAGAUGCAUACUUUUACUUAAUUUAUAGUUAUAGAACACGAAGCUCCUGUUAAACAUUAAAAGAAACUAAUUGACUUCCAUCUUGGAAUAUAUGGAACCCAAUUAUAUAUAUAUAUAUAUAUAUAUAUAUGAGUUUCAGUUCAACAAUAUCUGUACCACUUUAACUGAGCUAAUCUUACUUAACAGCCUGUAAAGUAUGAAGGUAUAAACCAUUCUUUUUUUAUACAUACAAUAAUAUGAAUACAUGUCUUGCUAAAGACUGUAAUUUAACAGCACUUUCUGCUUUGGUAGUAUAAUAGUGUUGUUCCCUUGAAGUAUAAGGAGAGUGCCUCAGUCAAAGCAAGCAAUAUGGAAACUACCAAUCAUGCUUGGGGUUUCUAUAUGUGGCUAUAUUAAAGGGAAAACUCAUGAGAAACACAUACCGAAAACCUUUUUCGGUUUUUAAGAAUGCCAGAUGUGUUUGUAGUUAAAAAUAGCAGAAAGGGGAGCCCUAGAUACGCAAAUGCAGAGAUGGACUGUACUGUUAAUAAAUGUAGCUGUGCCCUCAUACUGUACUGCCAGUUAACCCUUUUAGCAUGAAAUAUUCCCAUAUGCAGGUUAUCUAAUGGCUGAGCAGUUUGAUGCAGCCGUAGAAAUGGGUUAUCAGCUCUGUAUAUGCAUUGAAACAUACUUUGUGCUAUGCAUAUUUCAUAGGAGGAGGCCACCCUUAGAGAUCUAUAUAUAUAUGUGUGUGUGUAUAUAAUACCAUACUGAUGCAUUUUGUGAAUUUUUGUGGAGCAGUUAAAGGGAAACUAAAGGUCUUAACUAAAUAUGACCUCACUUAAUAAGUCUCAGGUGACCAUUUCCCACAGUUAAGUUAAAUCCCUCCAAAUGUAAUGAUUCUUUGCUUAUAGUCCUUUAAGGCACAUUGUGCUGGCCCAUGGCUGCAGUGCACUCUGGGGCAGCUCAGUGCACAUACAGACCCCAGCGGCAUGGAGGAGAUGGAGGGUACAUUAGAGGAUUGCUGAAAGGAAGUCUGGGGGCUUUAACUUACCUGAUACAGGGUUGCUGCAAUAGGUUGCACAGCAGCAAUGUGCCCUAAAACUUUUUAAAUAAGGUCAUAUUUCAUUGAGCUUUUAAUUGCCCUUUAGUGUAAAGAAAUAGAUAAUUAACACUGGUUAUAAGGGCAUAUUUCCCUUUUUAAUUGACUGAGCUCGACUGUUCCAGAGGGCAGAUACUGUAGAAUCAGACCUUUAAUAUAAUAAUAUAACUUGUGCAUUACCUACUGCCUCGCUCAUAAUUAGCUACUAUAUAGUUAGACUGUCACUGGAAAGCCAUACGGUUUGCUGUAAUUGUAAGCCUAUUUGACUUCAUAAAGCAGUUCCUGUUUACCUUAUUUAUGAUGAAUGAUAUUUAAUUGACUUCUGAGUGACCCAUGAAUCUAAUUUCCAAUAAGGAGGUAGCUAUGGAAUGUUAGUCCUUCAUUCAGAAUUCUAUAAUAAUGUAAUAAUGAUUUAUCUGUAUUCUGCUGCAGAAUCAUCUGAGCCCUUUCAAUUUGGCAGGCCAAGCAAAAUGGUAAAAGCAGAAUAUAUUUGGAGAAAAUAAAUUACAUCACUGAAUUGCUUUCCCCAAUAACAGGACGGGCCUUUCCACGGAUUAUAUCUAGAAACAAUUCUGGCUUAGGCUAAACUGUAUCACUGUGCUACAGAUGCUGAUGAUGCAAAUUAUUGAUUGUUAUACUGCCAAACAAGAGAAUAACCCUGGUUUAACUCCAAUAUAAGCAUUUUGUUUUGCGGUAAAUCGCAAUUUCAACAAAUAUAUGCUCUCUAGAUUCCUCGAUAAAUAUUGACCUCGUUCUCACAAGCAGCUUUGUAGAGCGGACAUGUGGAAAUGUGAAUCACACAAUGGUGUCUUGUGAUUUUAAUGUCGAUCACAUUUUUAACACUUUGAAAAUGAAAUACAUGACUGGCUGUCAGGUCACACUCAAGCUGCAACAUGUUGGCUGUCACAGAAUGUGAAAUACCCCUUAGAUUCAUCGGGCCAUGUUGUCCACCAGCCCCCCAUCUUCAGUUGCUACAAAAAAGCACAACUAAGAAACAUUAAUUUUCAGCAGCCAAUCAAAUGUCUGCUUUCAUUAGUAUUAUUGCAGUUGACUGGUAGGAGUUUUAUGGUGAUUGGUUGUCGUGGGCAAAUACUGGGGUGUAAAAGUGCACGUUGUUUUUCCAUCAGUUGUCUAAUGCCCUUUAAUCUGGUGGGAUGGGAAGUACAUAGGGGAUCAUUAUAUUUUAGUGUCUUUUUGUGCCAACCUGUUAAAAUCCAAUGGGUUUCUAGAGUUCAACAGUAAGUCUAAAUGAAAAAAUAUAUUUAUGGGACACCAUGCUUGAAACCACAUGCAAGCGCCUAACAUAUUUUCCUUUCUAGAUAGAGUUUAACUUUGCCACUACCAUAACAAUAUAAACAUAAGCAACUGAGACAACACAGCAUGCAGUAAGGCAGGAAAUCCAUCGCUAUGGCUCCCUUGAUAACUGUGGAGCAUAGCUCUGAGCAUAUGCAUACAUAUAAUUCCCCUUAUAGAGGGCCAAAUUCAGUUUCACUGGGUACACACUUGAGCACACAACCAGUUGUAAGGUAGCAGGGAUAUUGUUGCACCAUAGGGGAAUGCAGAGCUCAGUCUUUGCUGCUUUCUACAUUCCAGAGUAAUGGGCAGCACAGUUUGAGGGGGUGCAUUGCCUGUGAAGCAACACACAAAUAAUAUACAAAGCACAUACAUGCGCAUUACAUUUUACCUACAAUAUUAGUGCUAACCUAAUGCAAUGGUUGCAAUGCACUGAUGCAGGCAGGAAACAAGGCCAUAGCAUAACACACAGACCAGUUUGAGAGAGGAGCAUUAUCCUGUACACUUGGAUUGUUUACUCACAGAUCAUGAAGUGAAGCACAAACACCUUUUCUCUAUUAAUGUACCAACUGCAUGGCAAAUGUGGGUUUGAGAUUGCAAUAGAAUCUGCAAAUAAUAAGCCAUGUUGAUUUUCUCUUUUCUGUUGAUACAAUAUCCAUAUACUGGUGUCAUUUAGUAGCAACAAUAUUGCCCCCAUGGCCUUACAUUCAGGAAUUAAAAAUGUAAAAUUGUUAAUGACAGAUGUGAAUGUUUUGAAUUGAUCUGAAUGCCAGAUCAUGCUUGACCUUAAAUUAUAAGCAUUAAUACACAAAAUUAGGGACCUUUUACCAACCUCUGUUUGUAGAUAUGUUUCCAUUUCCACUUAAGAGCCACCACCCAAAUAUCUUUUGAUGUGCCCAGUGAAAUCAGGCUGCUUUGAAAAAACAUUCUUUUUAAUGGGGUUAUAGUGUUAAGUUUUGCUCGGCAGCAGCCCUGAGCACUGCCACCCAUCUAAAUCCUUAUUCCCUAAUGCCAGUUACGUGCAGGAUCAAAGUAGUUGGACAUUUGGUAAAUCUAAAACCUUUAUUAAUCUUAUUACAAGCUAUAUGCAUCUAUAUUGCUAGUAUACAAUAGUAGUUGGUGAUAAACUGACUGCACCUUAUACACAGGGACACAUGGAUUUCAUUCUGCAGGCAAAAGCACACUCUGAUUACAUAUGAAAUUACACAUUCAGUAGAUAAGAGAUGAUACACCAAGGCAUAUUUUUAGAUCAAUGUUGCUAAAUUGAUUUACCAAUGUGAUUUAAUUAUAAUGUAGCAGUCAAAAAUGCAAAGGCCGAAGUGAUUAUAUUGAGUGAGAGAUGUUGGUACUUAACCCACCACUCCUCACUUCUUCCCUAAUGUUACACAAGUUUGAGUAAACAUGCUGUCUUUGCUUGGCAGGGGUCAACAUUUCUCAGACCAAAGAGUAAAUCACCCCAAACAAUUCUAUACACUGUAGGACAAUUAUUUGUCAUGUGAUUAUAGCCAAUUUGCAUCUACUAAAUUUAUACCCUGAUUGAUAUACAUUGGUAACAUAUAUUUUGCCCAGGUAACAUACACUGAGUGAUUUGCACUGGUACAAUACAUCAUAAUCAGGUUACAUUUGAUAAAUCUAUACACUAGUUCAAUAUAUUAUUCCUGUAGACAGACACUGGUACUAUACACUAUACCCAUGUUACGCAACUUAAGUCUGUAUAUACAACAGCAACACUGGUGCCAUAACAUAUGGAAAGGUUAUACUUACUAAAUCUAUAGUGACAUUGGCUGCUUUCUUAAUUAGACCCAGACUGCAUGUACCAUUCACCUUCAUCACCUAUAGUUUCAUAGAUUAUUCCAGGCAACAUACUAAGCACAUACAAUUGGUGUGCAUGGGUACUGUAACUGGAUGACAAGCACUGGAGUUAUGCAUUAGAUUACAUAUGUACCCAAUGACAAGCCAGACAUUAAACUUAGGUUAGACUUACUAUACAUACAAUAAUAACCACAAGUUAUAGAUGUUAUACUCAUGGUGCACAUAUACAGCCUACACAACACUUUAAUAGAACUUUAGCCAUAAACAAUUCCCUGUUUACAAAAGCAUUGUUUCUCUCGGCUACUACCACAUAAACAUAAGUCUAGUCCAGUGACAGCAUUAUUACAUUAGGCUUUACCCACAUCACACAUGCUAAGUGGCAGACCUAUAAAAAUGUGAGUUUAGAGUUUAAUAAAUAAAAACCCACCCAUGUGCUAUUCAUUCCUAUGGGGUUUUUAGAAGCGUAUUUAUCAAUGGUUGAAAGUUAGAACUCACCAUUUGAUUAAUACGCUUCUAAAAAUCCCAUAGGAAUGAAUAGAAAGUGGGUUUUUAUGUAUUAAGUUCUAAACUCACAUUUUGAUAAAUCUUCCCAUAAGUCUAUACACCCAGUAACAAACAUUAUUACUAUAGGCUAUACCCACGUUACACCCAGUAACAAACAUUAUUACUAUAGGCUAUACCCACGUUACACUCAGUAACAAACAUUAUUACUAUAGACUAUACCCACAUUACACUCAGUAACAAGCAUUAUUACCAAAGAUAUCCCCAUACUAAGUUUGUACUGUCAGUGUAGGCAUACCUACAAACCCUGUUUCCUAUGGCUAGCUUGUCCCUUAGUGAUUGUUUCCAGCGUUGCAUCAACUUGCUUAUUGAUAUGUGUCAUAACAGUAAUGUAUAGAAAAGUGACUGAAGAAAAGAAAGAGACCUUGUUAUUAACGGUGCCUAGGGAAGUGCCAAAAAAUUAUACCCAGCAUGUGUACAUUCUCUCCUAAAAAAUAAUAAUCUGGUCAGUUUAAUGAGACCCAUAACUGGGCAAGUGCGUGCAAAUGUAUCAGUGGCACUAGAUGAGGGUGGAUACCUGAUAAUUUAACCCCUUUACUGCCAAAGGCACCGGCAUCGCGAAGCAUUGCACAGGCCUAGAAGCAGCAAAAGGGAUAACUGUGCUGCCUGACCUAUAAUCUGUUUUUGAACAAAUUCCUUUUCUUGACAUCAAUGUGAAAAGCAGUUUUUGGAUUUCUUAAAACAUUUAAUGUAUAAAAUAUUUAUUUAAACGUUGUUUUGGGUUUUGCGGGGGUGGGGGGGCUGAAGAACAGCAGCCAUGGUGAUUUUUUAAAUUUUUUUAAUUUGUAAAUCCAAAAGCUGCUUUCCCUCUCGGCUCUGUUUACUGCACCCUGAGAAUCGCUGCAGCGCCCGUUCCUCGGUGAAUGUUCUAGCCCCUAAAGAAAGCAAUGUGUAUUGUAUAUUCUGUGGUAUUUGUCGUUGUUCUGUUCUGAGUUAGGCCUCUAGGCCUACAUUUGAAAAAGCUAUUAAACAUAUCUUAAAUCAUGGUC